UUAACUAAAGAGCGGACGCCAAUUGAGACUCAUGACAGGGAAGGAGGAGCGUGAGGGGGCAUCCGCCUGCCAACUAUUACUCUCCACACAGCUCCACGCCCCCUGGCCUCCGCGUAUGCGCAGUGCGAGUCGGCGUUUUCCCGCCUGCCGUGGUGGGGGUGGGUGCUGUGUGGGGUGUCAGGGAGCGUGGUUGGGGCAGUGUCCCACCGGCAGCACCGAGUACAUAGCGGUGUUAGGGUUGGCGAGAGAGUGGGAGCUUUGCAUUGUGAGUUUAGGGUGGUGGCUGAGCUUCAGUGUAAGGAGAGGCUCCGUAGGGACUCCCCCGCUUGGUGGGGGCUUCCCGGUGGGCUCGGUGUGGGGGAUCUCACCGGGGUUUGCUUCUCAGUUAAAGGAUGAAGGGCAGCAAGGAGCUGUUCUUGGUGAAAUUCGUAAAGUCUUCUGGGAGCUCGGAGUAUUUCUUGAAAGCUUUGGAGUCUAUAAAAGAAUUUCAGUCAGAAGAACAUCUCCACAUUCUUGAAGAAGGAGCAGUGCUUGAUAUAAAAGAAAAUGAUAAAUCCCUUUACAUUUGUGAUCCUUUUACUGGUGUUGCUUUCAAUCAUCUUAAAAAGCUCGGUUGUAGAAUUGUUGGACCACAGGUAGUCCUGUACUGCAUGCAGUCCCAGAGAUGUGUCCCAAGAGCUGAGCAUCCCGUGUAUAACAUGACCAUGGCUGAUGUAACGAUAUCCUGUACCACCUUAGAUAAAGAUGUCCGGGAGGAAGUUCAUGAAUAUGUACAGAUGAUGGGUGGACGUGUGUACAGAGACCUCAAUAUGUCAGUAACUCAUCUCAUAGCAGGAGAAGUUGGCAGCAAGAAAUACUUAGUAGCUGCUUCUCUGAAAAAACCUAUUUUGCUUCCUUCUUGGGUUAAGGCACUGUGGGAUAAAUCUCAGCAAAGCAUGAUGAGAUACACUGAUGUCAACAUGGAAGAUUAUGCUUGUCCUGUGUUUCUUGGCUGUACAAUUUGUGUAACUGGCUUAAGUAGUUCAGACAGGAAAGAAGUCCAGCGCCUCACGGCUGAACAUGGUGGGCGCUAUUCAGGGCAACUCAAGAUGAAUGAAUGUACUCACCUCAUAGUUCAAGAGCCAAAAGGUCAGAAGUACGAAUGUGCCAGAAAAUGGAAUGUCCACUGUGUGCCUGUGCAGUGGUUUUCAGACAGCAUUGAGAAGGGCUUCUGUCAAGAUGAGACAAUGUAUAGAAUAGAAACUGGAUCAAAACUAAGUUGUACACCCAGUACCUCAACACCCACCAACAAUGCCAGCAAGCUUGACACUCAUUCCCUUUCGGAUGUCAGCUGCAUUUCCAAUGUAAAUUUGAGUAGAGUUAAUGAAACUGCUUGUAGUUCUGCAAUGAUCAGCAGACUGGAUCCUCCUUCUGAUGAGCUGGAAAACUUGGACAUAAGCUCUUUUCAAGCUCCUGAAGAUUUAUUAGAUGGCUGUCGAGUCUACCUGUGUGGCUUUACUGGCAGGAAGCUGGACAAGAUGAGAAGGCUUAUUAACUGUGGUGGUGGUGUUCGAUUUGAUCAGCUUAAUGAAGAUGUUACUCACGUUAUUCUUGGGGAAAACAGUGAUGAGCUCAAACACUUUUUGGACAAGACACUUCACAGGCCUCACAUAGUGACAGCAAAAUGGUUACUGGAGUCGUUUAAUAAAGGCUAUCUCUGUCCAGUGGAGCAAUAUAUCCCUCAAAACUACCAGCUGUUAGUGAAUACAAUUUUGGAACAACCUGAUGCAAAGUUAGUUCUUCCCAAAAACAACAGCAUCUUGAAGAAGAAAGCUGUGAAUGUUGUAAAGCACCAGAAAGCUGCAGAAGACGACUUCCUCUCUCAGUAUGUCAGUAAUGAUUCUACAUUAGUUGAAGCUGAGAAACUAAUAUCUGGUAGCUUCAACGAUGUUACUCAUGUGUCUGUUCAAGAAGAGAAUCAUUCUUCUGUCUGUAAUGGUUCUUUGGGAGAGCCCUCUGCACUAGAUGAAGGAGGUUUAUUUGCCAGGAAGAGAUUUCUUCUUUUGGGUUUUGGAGAAGAAGAUGAGUCCUGCAUUGCAGAUCUGAUUAAGGAGCAUGCUGGGAAAACCGUGCCACUGCAAAGCAGAAUCAUUGCAGACUAUGCUGUGGUGCCUUUAUUGGGCUGUUCUGUGGAGCCAACUGUUGGUGAUGUUGUCACGAAUACAUGGCUGGCAACGUGUGUGGAACAGCAGCUUCUCUUAGAUCCCCAGUCCAAUCCGCUUUUCACACCAGUCCCAGUAAUGGAAGGAGUUACUCCUUUGGAGGACUGUGUUCUUUCUUUUAGCCAAUUUACUGGUGCAGAGAGAGACUCCCUGGUUUAUCUGGCAGGACUUCUAGGAGCAAGAGUCCAGGAAUUCUUCGUGAGAAAAGCCAAUGCAAAAAAGGGAAUGUUUGCAAGCACCCAUCUUGUGGUGAAAGAGCCGGAUGGUUCCAAGUAUGAGGCUGCAAAGAAGUGGAAUUUGCCUGCAGUCACUGUAGCUUGGCUUUUGCAGUCUGCAAGGACAGGAAAGAGAGCAGACGAAAGCAAGUUUCUGGUUGAACAUGCGGAUGCUGAAGAACGACCUUCUUAUCUCCAUGAAGCUGGGAAAAAACCAGCCGUCACCCCUCUUGAUAUCAACAGGUUUCAGAGCAAAGCUUUCCAAGCUGUAAUCUCUCAUCAUAUUGGGAAGACAACAACUCCUCCUGCACCAGGAGGACUGCUACAAAAAGAACCGUCUUUACACCUUGAUACACCAUCAAAAUUUCUUUCCAAAGACAAGUUAUUCAAGCCUUCUUUUGAUGUAAAGGAUGCUCUGGCAGCUUUGGAAACUCCAGGAGGUCACGGUCAAAGGAACAGGAAGCUGAGCACGCCUCUUUCUGAAGUCAUUGGCAGAAACCUGAAAUUGGCACUGGCAAACAGCACUCGGAAUACAGAAGCUCUUACUGCCAGCCCUCAGCUGAAGGCUGCACAGCCAGAAGCGGAAGAAGAGUCCAAGCCUCUAGCUGGUGUUGUUAUAUGUGUUAGUAAAAAACUUAGUAAGAAGCAAAGUGAACUGAACGCUGUGGCAGCUUCUCUUGGUGCAGACUACAGAUGGUGUUUUGAUGAAACAGUAACACACUUCAUCUACAAGGGAGGACAAAAUGACAGCAACAAGGAAUAUAGAUCUGUUAAAGAACGAGGAAUACAUAUUGUUUCAGAACACUGGCUUUUACAGUGUGCCCAAGAAUAUAAACAGCUUCCUGAAUCUCUCUUUCCUCACACUUACAAUCCCAAAAUGAGCCUGGACAUCAGUGCGGUGCAAGAUUUCAGGCCCUCCUCUUCCAGUAAGCUUCCAGCAACUGGAAAUCCAGCAGAAGAAAAUGAGAUUAUUCCAGUGGAUGAAGAUGAUGCUGCAGAUGAUUUAACUACUGACCAAGUGAAGGAAACAGUUGGCACAGGGGAGGAGCACGCUGGAACAAGUGAAUCCAAGGGAGUUUUAACCCAGGCACUAGAAAUGAGGGAGAGCUUCCAGAGGCAGCUGCAGGAGAUCAUGUCUGCGACAUCAAUAGUGAAACCACAAGGACAAAGAGGAUCUCUUUCAAGGAACAGUUUUGAUAGUUCUCCAGCCACUCCUGAUAGUGCCCGGUCUGUGCGAAAUGGCCGCAGCAGGGCCUUGGAAGCUCUAAGGCAAUCUCGUCAGGCUCUCACAGAUAUCAACACGGAGCCAUCCCAGAGUGAGCAGAUCAUCUGGGAUGAUCCUACAGCGAGGGAGGAGAGAGCGAGACUUGUUAGCAACUUUCAGUGGCCUAACAGUCCUUCCUUCACAGAGCAAGCUCAGAGUAAUGUCAACAGGAACAUGGAUGAGUCUACCUUCAAAGGAUCUAUACCUGAUGCAGAGAUUGCUGGUAUAGUUGUUCCUGAGGCUGGGGAUGGAGAUACGAUUGAAGAUUUGAAGAAUCCUGUAUGUAGAGAUCCUGAAACACCCAUUAAAGAUCACUUGAUCCCCACUCCGCAGGCUCCCAGCAUUGCAUUCCCACUGGCUAACCCUCCUGUGGCACCGCAGCCCAAAGAAAAGGCUGCUACAGAAAAUGAGAAGGUAGAUGAAGAACCAGAAAAAUGCCGUAAAUUUCAGCUGUCUUCUCUUAAUCCUCAAGAAAGAUUUGACUACUGCCAUCUGAUUGAGGAAUUAGGUGGAAUAGUGCUUGAGAAACAGUGCUUUGAUCCAAGUUGCACACACAUUGUUGUGGGACAUCCUCUUCGAAAUGAGAAAUUCCUGGCCUCGAUGGCAGCUGGAAAGUGGGUGCUUCAUCGUUCCUACCUGGAGGCGUGUAGAGGAGCUGGCUGCUUUGUUCAGGAAGAAGAUUAUGAGUGGGGAAGUGAUUCCAUACUUAACGUUUUGCCUGGAAUCAAUGUAAACCAGAAGAAGCUAGCGCUCGCAGCCAUGAGGUGGAGGAAAAAAAUUCAUAAAGGAAGGCAAGAAACUGGAAUUACUGAGGGAGCUUUCAGUGGCUGGAAAGUGAUCCUGAAUGUUGAUCACACCAAGGAAGCAGGAUUCCGACGCCUUCUUCAGUCAGGAGGAGCCAAAGUGUUUUCUGGUCAUUCUGUGUCUUUCUUCAAAGAAGCAACUCAUCUCUUUGCUGACUUCAGUAAGCUGAAGCCAUCUGACACCAGGGUGAACGUAGCAGAGGCGGCAGCCCAGGGAGUGAACUGCUUAAAGCCAGAGUACAUAGCAGACUUCCUCAUCCAGGAUCCACCUCCCCCAAUGGAGUCUUACUGGCUGCCAGAAGCUCAGUCUUGCUUCCAGAACAGCAAAGAACUUGGGACUGGAUUAUCCCAGAAAAGAAAAGCGCCAGGAGAAAUGAGCAGAGUCAAGCGAUCCCGAAUGCACUGAGAAAGUUCUGUGCUUUUAGUUUGUACAUUUUUAUAUAUUUGUAUUUAUGGUUUUUUUUCAUCCUCACAGCAGAAAUUAAAAGCUUUGAAUUUCAGUU